GAAGUCUCUCAGUGGCCACUCCUCACAGAAACCCAUUUCACUCCACUCAUUCUUGGAGAGGAGCUCGUGUUUUCUGUCAGAAAACAGCCGUCGGGGGAGGCAGCUCAAGGAGCCCGGUCUGCAGGCCAACCAAGGCUAACAACUCCACAUCUGGCUGAAAUGGACCAAAGACAAAACACAGAGGUGAAAAGGAAUCUGAUGAACCUUGGGACCAGACCAGGACCUCCUCAGCCCAAAGCUCAGGAGAGGGAACAGUGGGGCAGUAAGACUGAGUUCAUCCUGGCUGUGGCCGGACACAUCAUUGGUCUGGGAAACGUCUGGAGGUUUCCAUACCUUUGCUACAAAAAUGGAGGAGGGGUUUUCUUCAUACCUUAUAUUUUGUUUUUGUUCACCUGUGGCAUCCCACUGUUCUUCCUGGAGACGUCUUUGGGCCAGUACACCAGUCAGGGUGGAAUAACAUGUUGGAGAAAAAUCUGCCCUCUUUUUGAAGGCUUAGGUUAUGGAAGCCAAGUGGUUGUUUUGUACACUGGAGUGUAUUACAUCAUCAUACUGGCUUGGACGUUUCUCUACCUGUUUUCAUCCUUCUCAUCUGAGCUUCCGUGGGCGAGCUGUCACAACAGCUGGAACACAGAUGGCUGCUUCGCUCACAAUCAAACAUCUGCCCUGCUCCUGUAUGGAAACAGCACAUCUUCAGUUGUAGAGUUCUGGGAGAGGAGAAUCUUGGGUCUGUCCAGUGGAAUUGAGGAAAUUGGCAGCAUUCGUUGGGAUCUGGCCCUCUGUCUGCUUCUUGCCUGGAUAUUGUGUUACUUCUGUGUCUGGAAUGGGGUGAAGACAACAGGAAAGGUGGUCUACUUCACUGCCACAUUUCCAUAUUUAAUGCUGGUGGUGCUGCUUGUUCGUGGUCUUACGUUACCGGGGGCCAAAGAUGGAAUCAUGUUCUACCUCUACCCAGACCCGUCCCGCCUCGCUGAUCCGGAGGUAUGGAUGGAUGCUGGCAGCCAGAUUUUCUACUCCUAUGGAGUGUGCACAGGUGUUCUUACUUCUUUAGGAAGUUACAACAAGUACACCAACAACUGCUACAGAGACUGUGUGUCCCUGUGCCUGUUAAACAGUCUAACGAGCUUUGUGGCUGGCUUCGCCAUCUUUUCUGUGCUCGGCUUCAUGGCAAAGGAGCAAGGUGUGGAUAUAUCAAUGGUGGCUGAAUCAGGUCCGGGGUUGGCAUUCAUUGCUUAUCCUCGUGCUGUGGCUCUGAUGCCUCUUCCCCAGCUCUGGGCUAUUUUCUUCUUCAUUAUGAUCAUCUUCUUAGGAUUAGACAGUGAGUUUGUAUAUCAAGAGGCAUUGGUCACAACCAUCUCUGACAUGUAUCCUGACUACUUUCAAAACAACUGUCGCCGUAAACUGCUUCUUCUUGCAAUUUCUGCUGGAAGUUUCCUCCUUGGCCUUCUGAUGGUCACAGAGGGAGGCCUUUAUAUUUUCCAGCUGUUUGACUACUACGCCUGCAGUGGGAUGACACUCCUGCUUUUUGCUGUUCUUCAGUCUGUCUGUAUUGGAUGGAUCUACGGUGCUGAUCGUCAGUAUGAUAAUAUACAGGACAUGAUCGGGUAUCGGCCGUGGUCUUUUAUGAAAUAUUGUUGGCAGUACUUCACGCCAGCUAUCUGUACUUGCACGUUUCUCUUCUCCUUGGUCAAAUACACACCGCUCAAAUUCAACAACACCUAUGAAUACCCCUGGUGGGGCUACACCAUUGGAGGAUUCUUCACUCUGUCUUCAACACUCAUGGUUCCUCUGUGGAUGCUCUAUGCUGUGAGCGUCACUCCAGGAACACUGAGACAGAGACUGAAAGCUCUCUGCACUCCAGCAAAGGACUUACCUACCGCAACAUCAAAGACGGCGUCAAAUAAAGAAGCAUUUCAGACUUUCACCGGCUUGUACACACUGCGCACGGCAGCAAGUCCUGAUGACAGAGGCGACAGAGCUCAGAGAUCAUCCUUCAUUUAAACUGCAAAAAAAAGGACGGAGGCGGAACUGUGACUGCGAUGAGUGCAGAUCCUCAGCAGUUAUGCUCGUCAUUCAAAACUGCCAAAAACCAAAACAAACAAGCAAAAAAAGCCCAUGAUGUAUUACAGUGUUGGCAGCAUCUCCAAUAAGGUGCUUUGAUCUUCUAGAUUGUGGAUAUACGAUUCAUACAUUCGUAUUUUUUCCUUGUGUACACCAGCUGGCCCUAUAUUUCUGAUAAUGACACAAACUUUGGGGAAAGUUUUUUUUUUUUUUUAAACUAAAUAACAACUGAGUGCAUGGUUGUCAUUACUGGGAAUAAAACAAGAAGUCUGGGAAAAUGGGGGAGCUUUUCUAAGGAAUUUAGCUAAAAAAUAGUUAGUAGUAGUAGUGUUUAAUACCUAACUAUAGGAUGCACUACUUUAGUUAUUUGGGAGCAAAACAAGAACUCUGAGAAAAAGCGAGCAAUGAAUUUGGGUAUCCAAUGUAUUGCUGUGUUUACGUUUGAAAAUUGUGAUGUACUUACUAAAAAUGUCUGGGAAAAACAGGUAUAGAAAAUAGUUCAUGUGGUGUGAUGAAGGUUUUUCAGUCCAGCACUUUACAAUGCACCUGUUCAAUGCAGUGCAUGUCAUGAUUAUAAGAGACCAGUGUGCCUUUAACACCUGGAACUGAGAGAGACCUGGGUGUGCAGCCUGCUCCGAGCUUUUCAUUCAUUUUAAUUACAGAGUAACUUAAAACGUCAGUGUUCAGCUGUUUCACAUUUUAAUCACAAUGCAGGUACACUUUAUGCGGGCUGCAAUACAAAACUUAAUUGUGCAUUCCUUUUGAUCAUGGUAUGGUCACAAACGAUUCAGUUACACACAGAUAUAAAAACAAAGGACAAAUAAUGAGGCAUUGUAAUGCAUUACUUUCCCCUGUAUUUUGCUGGAGCGUCUGUGGGAAAGGAGGACAUUUAAACACCAGACAGACACCUGAUUUUCUGGUCAGCUCGUAGUCUACUUAUGUAAUAACUAACCUUUUCACUGGUAAAUCUUCCUGUACCAUAGCAGCAUACAGUGUGUUUCUUAGAAUGCACCUCUCUCCCAAGACUUCUUGCUCUUUUGCCCAUAGCCCAGGACCUCCAUAUUUCAAAACAUCUCACAGUGUAAAGUUAUUUUUCUUACCCAAAUGUGCCCAGUUUUUCAAAAGUAUAUUGUAAUUUCUAAAUAAAUUAUAUAAUAACUGAUUUUUCUGA